AUGGCCAGAUCAUUGAUUUUGCCGUUACAAUGGCGUCAAUUACAUCAAGCUCUCUGUCCGAAAGCCCACACCUUGCGUCACCACGGCGCGCAAGCUUGCACCGCUCUAGCUGUCACCAAUAGCAACACAACCACAUCGAAACGACCCUUCCACACCACUCAACCUCGAUCAGCUUUCAGGCCUCCUCGCCGAUCACCAUCUGUUCGAAUACAAGAGAGGAGGGGGACAGGAGAGGUAGAGCAUGUGUUGGUAGCGCCAGAUGGAGUGAAACUAGACCGUGAUGGGUUUUCGAAUUUUUAUUGUACUGCGCAUGUUGAACCAACAUUGGCUGAGUUUAAGCAAUUCACGCGCCAACUUUAUGAGACUUAUGAUCACCUCAUACCGCCGGGUGUCAACUUGGCGACGUUUGGGUCAGUGGGUGAACAGUUGAUCAGGCUGUCGCACUCGCAGCUCCCUUCCGCAAGUCUUGUACGGAGUAUCUCAAUAGAUGUCGACGCCGUUUAUCGAAUCGCGUUCGUUCUUAGAGCUCUUUCAAAAGGCCACUACGUCUAUCAAUGGGCGUUGACCAGCUGCGCAAAAGCACAUUCGCGCCGAGCCCUUGUGGAUCUCGUGAACCGGUACGUCAGCACGGAAGGCGUGGACGUUUACGAAAACACCGAGUGCAUAGCGCAGAUCAAAGACUUGGCUCUGAAAGACGAAUUCCCUCACGCGAUUAUGCUAUAUGCCAAACUGCUCAUCUGGCGUGGUGAGAACGGCCAAGCCGCCCGGCUUCUAGAACAGAAAAUUCUGCCAUAUCUGCAACCCGUUAGCAGACACCCUCCCAUUUGGGAGGAUAUAACCUUAUUGGACGACUUCGAUUCGCCCUGGCGGAUGUACGCUAUUGCUGUUGAAAAGGAACAGGGACUAGCAGGAAUCCAGAGGGCCACGCGCCGAGCCGCUCUGGAGUUCUAUGACCCACUUGCCAUGACUGACUAUGCCAUCUCCGUGUUGGAGACAGAUCAACCUAACAAAUACGAGGUGUAUGAGUCGUACAUGGCCGCCGCUGCGUUGGGGCAACACACCCCAGCCUGCCUUUACCUUGCCAAUCUCUAUUACCGCAUCUCUCAAGGCGAAUUUACAACCGAAGCAGAGAGAGAUGCCAAGGAGAGGGAAGAGGCCUAUGCCGCGCGCAGCGCCUGGAUGAGACGCUUCGAACCUAUAGAGAAGUGGGUUAAUACAUUGUUCAACCAACCUCUGGAUCGCAAGUCGUACCGCAUGCUCGCGAUGGAUUGGUACGAGCUUGCUUUUGAUAAGGGAGACAGUGAGGCUGGGUACAUCCUGGCCUUGCUCUAUCGCGAAGAUGGCGAUAUGGAGAAGAGCCGUGAUAUGUACAAGCUUAUUGCUCGAAGGGGUUUUCCGGCCUCGUUGUCGAAGAAAGGCCUGAAAGAGAUGAGGGAUAAGUGGGAAGACCAGACCUUCAAACCUGGUCUGCCUCCUAAGCUCUUGAGGCUUGCAUAG